GACUUUUAUGGUACUACAAUAUACCGUUUGAUGUGGAACUAUUUGCACUUGCUUUUAUUCUAUUUCAAAGUUUGUACAGUAUGAAACAAAGUACGUGUCAUCAAUUAAUUUCCUUUAUUUGUAGCUUUAAAAUAUACAUUAUUAUUUGCUUUCCCCGGGGCAUUGAUGCAUUUUCAACAGUCUGUAAUAUCGCGAAAGCGAAUACAAGAUUUUCUAGUGUUAAAAGAACAAAACGAAGAGAGUAGUCGUUCAGAAUAUCGUGUUGCAAAUACAGACCAAAGACCAUAUGUUCAAUUAGAUAAUGUUUAUGCCCAAUGGAAUGUACGACAUUGUAGAGGAUCAGCUUUUUCCUACAUGACUAUUAAAAAUGUUGAUGCUAAAUAA